AACACAACCUUCGUGGAAUCUGCCUUCCUCCUGCACCUCUACUCCAUCUCUUCCAACAUCAUGAGUCGCCAAUACAGCUGCAAGUCUGGAGCCGGCAACAGGGGCUUCAGCGGUUGCUCUGCAGUGCUGUCCGGGGGAAGCUCAUCCUCCUACCGGGCAGGAGGCAAAGGGCUCAGCGGGGGCUUUGGCAGUCGGAGCCUCUACAGCCUGGGAGGUGCCAGGAAUAUCACUUUCAACAUGGCUAGUGGCAGCGGGAAGAAUGGAGCUUUUGGAUUUGGCAGGAACCGGGCCAGUGGCUUUGCCGGAAGUAUCUUUGGCAGUGUGGCCCUGGGACCCGUGUGCCCCACUGUGUGCCCGCCCGGCGGUAUCCACCAGGUCACAGUAAAUGAGAGCCUUCUAGCCCCACUCAAUGUGGAGCUGGACCCUGAGAUCCAGAAGGUGCGCGCCCAGGAGCGGGAGCAGAUCAAGGCACUGAACAACAAGUUCGCCUCCUUCAUUGACAAGGUGCGCUUCCUGGAGCAGCAGAACCAGGUGCUGGAGACCAAGUGGGAGCUUCUGCAGCAGCUGGACCUGAACAACUGCAAGAACAACCUGGAGCCCAUCCUCGAGGGCUACAUCAGCAACAUGAGGAAGCAGCUGGAAACACUGUCUGGGGACAGAGUGAGGCUGGACUCCGAGCUGAGGAAUGUGCGUGACGUGGUGGAGGACUACAAGAAGAAGUAUGAGGAGGAGAUCAACCGGCGGACAGCUGCAGAGAAUGAGUUUGUGCUGCUGAAGAAGGAUGUGGAUGCAGCUUAUGCCAACAAGGUGGAACUGCAGGCCAAGGUGGACACCAUGGACCAGGACAUCAAAUUCUUCAAGUGUCUGUUCGAGGCUGAGAUGGCUCAGAUCCAGUCCCACAUCAGCGACAUGUCCGUCAUCCUGUCCAUGGACAACAAUAGGAACCUGGACCUGGAUAGCAUCAUUGAUGAAGUUCGCGCCCAGUAUGAGGAGAUUGCCCUGAAGAGCAAGGCCGAAGCUGAGGCCCUGUACCAGACCAAGUUCCAGGAGCUGCAGCUGGCAGCCGGCCGCCAUGGAGAUGACCUCAAAAACACCAAAAAUGAAAUCACCGAGCUGACCCGGUUCAUCCAGAGACUCCGCUCAGAGAUUGAGAAUGCAAAGAAGCAGGCUUCUAACCUGGAGACAGCCAUCGCUGAUGCAGAACAGCGAGGAGACAGUGCUCUCAAGGAUGCCCGGGCCAAGCUGGAUGAGCUGGAAGGUGCCCUGCACCAGGCCAAGGAGGAGUUGGCCAGGAUGCUGCGUGAAUACCAGGAGCUCAUGAGCCUAAAGCUGGCCCUGGACAUGGAGAUCGCCACCUACCGCAAACUGCUGGAGAGCGAGGAAUGCAGGAUGUCUGGAGAAUAUGCUUCCCCUGUCAGCAUCUCUAUUAUCAGCAGCACCAGUGGCAGUGGAGGCUACGGCUUCCGGCCUAGCACAGUCAGCGGUGGCUAUGUGGCCAAUAGUACUAGCUGCAUCUCUGGAGUGUGCAGUGUCCGUGGUGGGGAGAGCAGGAACAGAGGAAGUGCCAGCGACUACAAGGAUACCCUAACAAAGAGCUCCAGUCUGAGCACCCCCUCCAAGAAAGGUGGCCGGUGAGAGGGUUUCCUGUGUCCUCGAUCCCUCAGCACCCUCUGUGCCCUAGCCUGUCGUCCCCCUUUCUACUCCCAUGUACCUCUCCUGGGCCCCUGGAUGUGUCCUCAGCCAACCUCAUUCUCCCUCCAAGUGUUCUGAGCCUGGGUAGCUCUGGGCUACCAUGUGGUGCGCUUCUGAUAGACACCAGGGGUUUCUCAGCUUCAGCUCAGGUCCAGCCUGUCCCUCCACCAGCCUUUGCUUCUGUCCUCACCGUAAAACCAGGCUUCUUGGGUCUCCACCUGGGCUUGCUCAUCUGCUGUGCUUUUGUCUCAGCUCCUGUCAUAGACAGGAGCUAGCUGUACCCAAGAAGAAGACUGACAGAAAACCAACUCAGAGUGGCCACCCCACCCCACUCCAGCACAGUCUCAUUUUGAGUUGGGGCCACUCAGAGUAAAGGAACUCUGUCUUCACUUUCUUGUACCCAGAACCAGAGAAAAGGGGACAGCCUUGGCUACUCUUGUGUUCUUUAACCCUCCCUGUUGCAUUCUCAAUAAACAGCACAAUCUGA